AUGGAAGCAGGCAACAUCAGCAUCCAGGCCCUGGAUUACGUCCUCGGACAGGAUCUCGACGGCCUUGCCCAGCUCCGAGAAGGCCUGCAGUCUGCCCAAGGACCCGACCUGCACACCGACAUCCGCAAGCUCGUGCCGACGCAGGAAUACAAGGAAAUCGCGCUCGACAGUCUGCUCCUGGACGGAGAGACUGUGUAUCCUCUCACCCGCUACCUCAACUUCCUGCAGCACGCCCGGUGGAUCCUCCACGACUCGUUCAGCCACAUCUCCACUAUCAAGGCACGUCACCCUUCAGAGUCUGCGGCGUGGUGGAGCGCCCGCCUGUUGAUGGCCUGGCAACAGCUGCUGUCCGGACCCACAGCCACCAUUAAGGAUGCGCUGGCCCUUCGCUACCAGGAAUCUGCCGCCAGCUAUGUUGACUCGUACGCCCCUUGCCCUGCCGUCAAGGUCGAUUUAACCUGCUGA